UUCACUUGCGUUUCAGUCUCAAAGCGGUGCAGUCAGCAGCAGUAACGGUUAAUAUUGUAGAGAACCGAUUCCAAAAAGUUUUUCAAAAUCCCAUCGAGCAUCGUCUCUCAACGUUUCUGAACUUUGUUCUUGUGUUUUGCAGUGGAAUCGAUCAAAAGCAAUCGAACUUUGAUCGCAAAUAAAGCGAAAGUGUUGUGUGCAUUUGUGAAAAAGGGAGACAGCCGCACAAAGAUGACAAAUCGAUGCGCUUGCUUCGCCUUGGCCUUCCUCCUCUUCUGCCUCUUGGCCAUCUCGAGCAUCGAGGCAGCUCCGAUGCCCAGCCAAUCCAAUGGAGGAUACGGUGGCGCUGGCUAUAACGAACUGGAGGAGGUGCCGGACGACCUACUCAUGGAGCUGAUGACUCGCUUUGGACGCACCAUCAUACGGGCUCGAAACGAUCUGGAGAACUCCAAACGAACCGUGGACUUUGGCCUGGCCCGGGGAUAUUCGGGAACCCAGGAGGCGAAACAUCGCAUGGGUCUGGCUGCAGCCAACUUUGCCGGCGGACCCGGGCGGAGGCGGCGAUCCGAGACCGAUGUCUAAAGCGCCUGGACGAUUCCGGGCUGCGAAUCCUGUGGACAUUAAGGACGAGCGUCAACUUCUCCACCCAAACUUGGCCCAUACUUAGAUACUUUCCUAGAGCUUUCAUUUUAUUGUUUGUUAUUCAUUGUACAUAAAUAUUUAUUACUGAAAUGUCCUCAUGCAAUUCAUCACAUUUUUUUCCCCUUCAAGAGCUAUACGAAAAUAAUAUUCAACAGAUAUCGAAAUUAUAUAUACCAAAGGCGAACACCCGAAUUAAAGCGUUAAACUGUUGCUCCGAACGAAAAUGUUGAAAACUAUUUAUGCAAAUUUUCAUCUCAGAUUUAACUCAGUGCUAGUUGCUCGUUUUAACCCGAAAAUAGGGAAGAAGGUAAAGAGAGAAGGGAGAAAUUUAAAUAAAUAUAUCCUAAAUAUAUAUUCAAGUGUAAGCAUAAUCGCGCAAAAAAUCUUUAACUAGGUAUGACUUACAUAAACUAACAAAAAUUUAAAAAAAAGAGCUACACAAAUAUACAUACUAUUUAUAUGCUAACAACACAUUUUUGGCCCCCAAAAUGAAACCAACAAAAAAAAUCCCCAACGAAACUGAAAGUUUAUUUUAUCAAUAGCCAACUUUGGUCUCACGCGACUUUUAAGUAUUGUAAAUAUAAAUUAUUGAAGCACACGUACAACUAAUGCGAUACAAAUAUAUUACGGAAUUCUACUUGCAUAUAUAUUUAAUAAUUAUUGUGUCUAUGCUGCAAACAUAUAUCUUAACGUGAGUCGGACACGAUCAAAUAAAAGUCUACAUUUUGAGAA